AAAGGUUCCGUUCCGUGCGCAGUGCGGUUCGGUGCUGCUGACAGGGGACUAGGAGACCGAGCUUGGGGCCCGCCCGGUGACAGCAGCAGCCUGGCAGUGUCCGAGUCCCCGACGUGGUGGGGAGAGGACUCGGGGACGGACGCCCCAGAGGACGACAUGUCGGGGGGAUGGGAAGUAUCUUCGGCCCGGGGCUCUGUCAGUGGAGGUGGCGGGUUAAGCCGCGAGCUGUGUCGCACGUUCGGCCACUACAACCGGCACUUGGGGCGGUUGCAGCACAAUCUGCGCGACACUAAGAAUUUCUUCCGCGACAUCAAGUAUUCCCAAGGGCUCGCCGUAUUCCCCAUCUCUGGCAUUGGGCCCGCCGAGGAGGAGCCGCCUCGACCACAGCCCGCCCCCUCAGCCGUUGAGAGUGCCCCUAGUGGUGGGGGUGCCUCCCUGCAAGCCGGGCAGCUGAACUCGAUUUCCUUUCCGCGACAUGAGGAGGAGUACCUUCAGCUGACAGUAAAUUGUCGCCCAUGCCUUUUAAUCUUUGGCCAGAACUGUAAUGCCAAAUGCCAGUUGCUGAACAUGCUUUUGGGAGAAAGACUGCUUCCCACCAACAAAGUUAGCAGUGAGGAGAACUGUAAAAGACGUCGAAUCCACUUCAGAUAUGGAAGACAAACACGGAUUAGUUUGGCUUUACCAGGACAGUAUGAACUAGUUCAUAAUUUGGUAGCUCACCAAGGUAGAUGGGAAACAAUACCUGAGGAGGACUUAGAAAUCCAUGGGGAUAAUGAGGAUCUGGCGCACCAGAUUGCGGAGCUUGAGGUGACACUGAAUCACACAUUACUGCAGGAGGUGGACAUUGUGGUAGCUCCAUGUUGGGGAUUCCAGUCAGCAGAGGUCACCUUGGGGGAGUACAUGAACCAUGUCCUUCCAGUCAUCACCUUUGCCACUAGCGAAGCAGAGCUCUCUGCCCUGGAUAUGAGUGAACUGCGGGAGAUUAAAGAGAAAUUCUCUCCACCUGUCUUUUUUAUUAAGGUGUCCAUUUUGGGGGCAGAACUAAUAACCCCUCGAGACACAGAAAAUGAAAAAUCAUUGCUUUAUCGGCAGUUGCUAGACCUAGACUACCUUAGCACCAACCACUGCAGCUGUGGAGUUUCUGGCUUUGAUGCUAAAGCUGAGAGCAUGCUGGUGGAACAAUCUGAUAAGAUUCGCCUGCUUAGCACUUUUGCUAGAAAGGUGUUGCAGAAGCACUUGGUUGAUGCAGCCACAAUCUUGAACAUAGUGCACUGCCGUUGUCUGGACAUAUUCAUCAACCAGGCCUUUGACAUGCAGCGAGACUUGCAAAUCACUCCAAAGCGGCUAGACUACACACGGAAGAAAGAAAAUGAAUUGUAUGAUUCUCUGAUGAACAUAGCCAACCGUAAGCAAGAGGAGAUGAAGGACAUGAUAAUUGAAACUCUCAAUAACAUGAAAGAAGAGCUACUGGAAGAUGCUGCUAAUAUGGAAUUCAAAGAUAUUAUUAUUCCUGAGAAUGGAGAGCCUAUUAGUUCCAGAGACAUAAAAUGUUGCAUUAAGCAAAUCCAGGAGUUGAUAAUUUCACGACUAAAUCAAGCAGUUGCAAACAAGUUAAUCAGUUCUGUGGACUACCUGCGUGAGAGCUUCGUAGGGACUCUGGAAAGAUGUCUGAAGAGUCUGGAGAAAUCUCAGCAAGAUGUUUCAGUGCAUAUUACAAGCAACUAUCUAAAACAGAUACUGAAUGCGGCCUACCAUGUUGAAGUCACUUUUCACUCUGGUUCAACAGUAACAAGAAUGUUGUGGGAACAGAUCAAGCAGAUAAUACAACGGAUUACAUGGGUGAGCCCACCAGCUAUCACGACAGAAUGGAAAAGGAAAAUAGCCCAGGAUGCUAUAGAAAGUCUUAGUGCAUCUAAGUUGGCUAAGAGCAUCUGCAGUCAGUUCCGUACAAGGCUAAACAGUUCUCAUGAAGCUUUUGCAGCCUCUUUGCGACAGUUAGAGGCUGGUCAUUCAGGCAGGCUGGAGAAAACAGAAGAUCUUUGGCUGAAAGUUCGAAAAGACCAUGCCCCUCGGCUUGCACGUCUGUCAUUGGAAAGCAGGUCGUUGCAGGAUGUUUUGUUAUAUGGUAAACCAAAGCUGGGCCGUGAGUUGGGCCGAGGGCAGUAUGGAGUAGUUUACUUGUGCAAUGCUUGGGGGGGCCACUUCCCCUGUGCACUCAAGUCUGUGGUCCCACCAGAUGAAAAGCACUGGAAUGAUCUUGCACUUGAGUUUCACUACAUGAGGUCUUUGCCAAAGCAUGAGCGGCUGGUAGAUCUUCAUGGAUCAGUGAUAGAUUAUGGGUAUGGGGCAGGUUCUAACAUUGCUGUUCUGCUGAUAAUGGAACAGUUGCACAGAGACCUCUAUACAGGACUGAAGGCUGGUUUGACAUUGGAGACGAGGCUGCAGAUUGCCUUGGAUGUUGUUGAAGGGAUUCGAUUUCUUCAUAGCCAGGGGUUGGUCCACAGAGAUAUCAAACUUAAGAAUGUGUUGCUUGACAAACACAAUCGAGCUAAGAUCACAGACCUAGGAUUUUGCAAGCCUGAAGCAAUGAUGUCUGGUAGUAUUGUUGGCACCCCUAUCCAUAUGGCUCCUGAGCUUUUCACAGGCAAAUAUGAUAAUUCGGUGGAUGUAUAUGCAUUUGGCAUCUUGUUCUGGUACAUCUGUUCAGGACAUGUGAAGUUACCAGAGGCAUUUGAGAGAUGUGCAAGCAAGGACCACUUGUGGAACAAUGUGCGAAGAGGAGUACGCCCAGAGCGUCUGUCUGUCUUUGAUGAAGAAUGUUGGCAGCUUAUGGAAGCCAGUUGGGAUGGAGACCCAUCCCGGCGCCCACUUCUGGGCAUAGUCCAACCCAUGUUGCAGGGCAUAAUGGACAGACUUUGCAAGUCAAACUCUGAGCAGUUGAGCAAAGGUUUAGAUGAUUCUACUUGAAACCAAGCUAUGGGGGAGCUGUUCUUUUGUGUGAGAACUCUGAUCCCUCACCUUGCCAACAGCAACUCAAGGUGUAGCUCUUCUGGAGAGCCCAAUCAGAAACUGUACUCUAGGGUGAGAGGAGAUUGAAAUUCCACCUCGUAUAGCAGCCAGGAACAUUCCACUCCAGUAUACACUACUAAUGCAAAUUUGCAGUACUUUCCUCAUUUUUUUACAGGUAAUGAAAAGGUGAGGAAUUCAAACCUGAAGGAGUAUUUUAAUUACUCCUUUUGUGCACCAGUAAAAGCAAUACACUGCGUUUCAGUAGACUGGCAGCUAGCACAGCUGAGACUUUUGAGAAUCCUCUUCUCCAUCUACACUCUGAUACAGAAGCUUCCCGGAAGGUCUUACAAGAUGAAUGUGGCUGAACAGAAGAAAUAAGGGUGGGUAACUGCUAACUACAGAACAUGGAAGGAAAGGCAUGGAUUCAGUAAUUUCCCAUAAUACUUGGUAUGUUUACAUGGAGGGAUCAGAGAAUCCAUAUUCUUCAGGGGAAGCCUCUGCUGCAAUGGAAAUACCCUUACAGUAUAAGCUAUCUGUUCUUUGUCUUGUCAGCCAAUCUCUCUUCUGGUAAAUGCAUAACAGUAGUUCUUGGAAAACAUGAGCAAAUAUGGUCUUUUUAUUUUUGUGCAAUCUGACAGUGAAAUUGGUAUACCACCAGAAAACUUCACACCUACAAAGACAGAAACACAAGUUCCUAGCAACUAACCAUGGUCUGUAUCUAACUAGCAAACUACCAGUAUCAUGUUUUAUCUACAGUGGUUUUCUUGUUUUGAAUUAAGUGCAAAGGCAAUGACUGUUUUAAACUCUGCCCUAAUAUUGACAGACACUUUUAAAGAUAAGUUCAGCUGUAUAUUUUAUGUCAUGUCCUUGAAGAGGACCCAAGAGAGAACUUUUGUGAUUCCAUAGGCAUGCAUGGUUGCUGUGUCUGUCCAUCAUUUACUUCCUUGGCAUUUGCAAUUUGGCUGUGCUGAUCUAGGUGCUUGUUGCAGGAAGCAUUUGGCAAAGAAAGCCCAGAGAUUUCUGAAAUAGGCUCCAUCUUAUGUAUUUUACACAUCCUUGACUUGGUUCUUAUGUGUGUGUUUGUCUGUGUGCAAGAAACUAGUUUCUUGUUCCAGUAAUAUUUUAAGUGGCGUGUAGGUUGAAAUGGCGAAUGCACCCAAGAUGGUUGAGGAAAGGGACCAAUUGCCAGUGUUUCACCAGGUGCUUGGAAUAUGGAUGCAAUUGCAUUUUCCCUCCUGCCCACAGUGGGAUGUGCACUGGUUCCAGCUUUAUAGGAUAAUCUAGGUUGUGCUAAGCAAAGCUGAUCAGACUUGUGACAUACAACAUUUUGCUUCUGAAGUUUGCUUAAUAGUACAAAGCAAAUAUGCAGUUUUGGCCUGUUUACAUCCAUGGAAACCACUAGACAAAAAUAACCCUGCAAUGUUACUUAGCAGCCUAGAUGAACCCUUCUUUGUGUGCGUUAAAACCAUGCUUUUAAAACUAUUGCUUUCUAUUUAAUGGGCAUUCAUUGUUAUGUGGUGGUCUAAACCAUAUAGGCACUUCCAUCCACAAAUUGUAGCAUCUAGCAACUUGAACAGCUGCCAGCCAUGCUCACAAAAAAGCACAUCUAUUCUCAAAUAGGAAGUCCUAGGAAUGGCACUGUCAUGUAUCUGGAGCACUGUUCCCAUCACUUAACAGUAUUACUCAUUUUCAUAUUCAUUUUCUGUUAUGGUGGCUAGUAACCUUGUUUAGAAUUAGGAGAGCCUAGGUCAGUAUUUUUGAAAGUAAAAAAAUAGUUUAUGUGAAAUAAAAUGAAAUAAACUGCAUUUGAAAAUGUCUUGUAUAGCUUUUCCCAAGUAGCAACUUCCUUAUUCUUUACUCUGUGCCUUUUAAAUACUGAUUCAAAGUCUUGGUUUCACUGGGGCUGUUUGUUUGCAUGUACAAAAUUGGCCUCUUGCACCUUCCCUACACAAUGCAUAGCCACACUUUAAGACAUACAUUUAAUUUUGGAGUAUAUUUCACAGCCCCUGACUUGCCCCAAAGUAAGACACAUAGUUUUGUUAAAACAUGGAGCCUUAUUCCUAUUGGCAGUGCUAUAGAUCUGUUUAUAUGUUAAAGUUUGGAAUGAAAUGGACACUAAAUGUUUUCAUAGCUGCAGCUAGCAAUAGGGGUAAACUAAGGUGUGGCUACUAGGGAUGAUAGGGGAAAUGGCUGUAUCAUAUAUUGUAAAGUGGGCCAGUGAUGAGCACAGAUUCACAGUCACUCCUGCUAUACUCCCAAGUGUCUUUACAAAAGCAGUAAUUGGAGGAGAUCUGCCAAAGGCAUAACAGUAGGUCUUUUUUAAAGCUGUUGUUGUGCCAGCGUAGCUUGAUAUAUUCUGCAUGCACUGCAAAUUACCUGUUCUCCCACUCCAAUCCAUCAAAUCACUUUUCAAUAAUCUAGUCUUUACCACAACCCUUUGUUCUAGGACUCAGAAGAAAAUUGUUUACUGAAUUGUACUUAUGCAAGGUUUACAUGUUGCCACAAACUUGAUGGCUAUAGUAGGUGCUCUGAAAGAUGGUUUCCCUAGUGAGCUGGAAUCCUGAUAAAUCAAACUAGUUUACAAAACAAGUAUACCUGCAAAGAUGAGAGUGGAGAGGGAUCAAAGCAUCCGUACUGGUGCUAGAACCUGAUGGCUCAAAGAUGGAACUGUUCAAAGCUGACCUAGUACCUGAAUUUAUUUCUGCUUUGGAAGGUGUAUCCAUUGAGGCUCAGAACAAACACUACAUAGGAGAUGCAUGAGCUAAAGCAUGGCUUGACUGCAAUUUCAGAGUGCUACCCUUGGCUUGCUGUUGCCUAUCAUGUCACUGUCUAGUAAACAAGAUGGUAGAAAGUUUAUUGGGCAACUGACAAUAUUUUUUUGUCCAUCUUAACUACUUAGGAGGGUUUACUGACUUACCAUGCAAGUUUUUCUAGCUUGUCUAAUUAAAAAGCAAGCUAUUCUUUAUUUAUCUUUUUAUAGCACUUUUGUUAUAUUUGUCCUUCUUGCUCCUCCCUCUUUGGCAGUGUUGGGGGAGGAGACACUUGAAUGUUGGCUCUUACAGGGUGAUAGACUUUAAAAGAAAGGGCAGCAACUUUGCAGCCUUAUUUAACAUGGCUCUUUGCCAUGCUCCUUUUUCCUUUUAAGAGAUGUACAUAAGCUCUGUCUGUACAUGUCUAGCUAGAGGACAUCCCUUUUUCUCAUUUUGAAAAUCUUUAAUAGUGUGAUUUUUUUCCUUCUAAGAUGAGGACGAGAGCACAUCUGCAUUUGACACUCCGGAGGGGGGUGCGUAAAGAGCACUGCGUUUCUUAAACUUUUAACCUUUCCUCCUUCUGGUCUGGUUCUGUUAAACUGAUGGUCAGCUGUUACAUUUUGGCUAUUGAGGAAGAAAGAAACAUGAUAAAACAGUUGUACAGUUCCAUUUUAAUGCCUAUAGAUUUUGUACUACUUUUUAAUUUUUUUUAAAAAAAUGUAUAUUAAAGGUAACAAACUUACCAACUGUAUAGGAAAAGUGCAAUAACAUGGAAAUUGAAAUGAUUAUGAACUACUUCUCUUGUAUUCUGUAAUACUGAUUUCCUUUAAACUGCUGCCCCUUCCCCACCAUUACAUGUAUUUUAAGAGACGUGACUGUGGGUCAAGACUUCAUUUAGUACAUAAUGAAAGUCUGUUUUAGUAGACAGAAUACACAAGUGCUGUGCUGUAUAAUAAAGAUUGCGUUAAUGUUUUA